AAUCACAGUCAGUCGUGUUCGUCGGUUGUUAUAGGGAACAUGCCAAGAUUUCAAAUAAAGAGUUUGGUCUUUCUGGCCGGACUUAUAGUUUUGGUUGGGGAGGCUAAUUCCACCCUACGCCGAAUACCCAUUCAAAAGUCGCCAAACUUUAAGCGCAGCCACAAAAAUAUUGUGGCAGAAAGGGAUUUUGUUCAGCAGAAAUACAAUCGCCAAUACACCGCUAAUGGGUAUCCCAUGGAGCACCUGUCCAACUACGAUAACUUUCAGUAUUAUGGAAAUAUAAGCAUUGGAACCCCCGGCCAGGACUUUUUGGUACAAUUCGACACCGGUUCCUCAAACCUUUGGGUUCCGGGAAGCUCGUGUAUCAGCACAGCGUGUCAGGAUCACCAGGUCUUCUACAAAAAUAAAUCCAGUACCUAUGUGGCCAAUGGAACGGCCUUUUCCAUAACCUAUGGAACUGGCAGUGUUUCUGGUUAUCUAUCCGUGGAUUGUGUAGGCUUUGCUGGCUUGACGAUACAAAGUCAGACAUUCGGUGAGGUAACUACCGAGCAGGGAACAAAUUUCGUAGAUGCAUACUUCGACGGAAUACUGGGCAUGGGAUUCCCCUCUUUGGCCGUGGACGGAGUUACCCCGACGUUUCAGAACAUGAUGCAGCAGGGACUCGUUCAAAGCCCAGUGUUUUCAUUUUUUCUGAGGGAUAACGGCAGUGUAACUUUUUACGGAGGUGAACUUAUUUUGGGCGGCUCGGAUCCCUCGCUUUACAGCGGUUCCCUCACCUAUGUGAAUGUCGUUCAGGCCGCAUAUUGGAAAUUCCAAACGGAUUAUAUCAAAGUCGGUAGUACUUCCAUUAGCACCUUUGCCCAAGCAAUUGCGGAUACUGGAACAUCUCUGAUUAUAGCUCCCCAGGCGCAAUAUGAUCAGAUUUCUCAAUUGUUUAAUGCUAAUUCGGAGGGACUUUUCGAAUGCAGUUCCACUUCCUACCCGGAUCUAAUAAUCAACAUUAAUGGCGUGGACUUUAAAAUCCCAGCCAAAUAUUAUAUCAUCGAGGAAGAAGAUUUCUGUUCGCUGGCCAUUCAAUCUAUAAACCAAGACUUUUGGAUUAUGGGAGAUGUAUUUUUGGGUCGUAUUUAUACCGAAUUCGAUGUGGGCAAUCAAAGGCUGGGAUUCGCACCGGUAAACUCAGCAGUUGGCUUAAGGAAAGCGGUUCUGUGGCGGAUCUUCACUUUAUUGCUGGCUUGUGGAAUGUGGAAGCUGAAAAAUUAGUUACAUUUUCCAAAUUAAAAUAAAAAUCAAGACUAUUUUAUAAAUCU